AAAAGAAAUUUUCAGUGAAACCAACAUCUUUCAUCUCUGGUUUUAGUUUCUGUUUUGUUUUGGUUCUACUGAAACGAAAACUCCAUCCAUCAUCUCCGGCAACAAGAAUGGCGAAGCUCACACCUUUCUUCUUCCUUUCCUUUCUCAUCAUCUCCUCGUCCCUUGCUUUCCAAUCAGACGAGUUUGGUCUCGAAGGAGCACAACAACAAACUCCCACUACACGCAAACGCUACUCAGAUCCCGAUUCGGAUUCCAAAGUCCAGUUCAGUCUCGAACAUGCCUUCGGCGACUCUGAUUUCUCCCCCGCCGGCACUUUCUCUGCUCGCCUCAAAUCCUGGAGCCAUGGCGGAAAGACUUUAACGAAGCUGAGGUUCUCAAGGAAUGGUUUCUCUGACGAAGAGAAAGAUACUUUCAAAAAUCUGUUGAAAGGAGAUGACUUUUAUAGGAUUAGACUUCCUUCCAAUGUCAUCAGCCCACCAGGGAAAGAGUUUGUGGUUGCAUCAGUUAGAGCUAGAUGUCUACCACGGGAUGGCUUGGAUGAGCAUUUCGUUAUUCACAUGGAAGGUGCCAACAUCUUGGCACUAAGUUAUGGUUCUCUUGGGGCGUGUCAAUAUCCUCGACAGUUCAAACUUCCAGCAAAAUGGUCUUUCAACUCCCACACAAUCCUGAAGAGUAGUGAGCAGGCACCAAGAACUCCGAUAUUCACUGAGGAGAUUCUAGGCGGUGAGAAUGCAGAGGGCGAGGUUGAACCACCACCAGAGAGAUCAUUUUGGGCGAAAUAUUGGAUGUACUUGAUACCAUUGGGACUCGUUGUGAUGAACGCUGUGACACAAGCAACAAACAUGGCUGAAGAACAAACAGGUGGUCAGACAGGAGGGUCACAAGUGCAGCAAUCAGCCCGGAGAAGAUGAUUUCGAUUUUACUUCACACAAAGCAAUCAAAGCUUUUGUUGUUGAAGCUGCAUGCAACUGGUAAAAGAUGAAGGUUCAACGGAUCUCAUGUCUUGGCAGUUUCUUUAUGGAAACCAUCUUUUCAUCAUUUGGUUUUAUGUAAUAUUUAAUUUUCAUCCAGCAUCGGUUUUGUUUGUAAACAAAAAACGGGAAAUCAAAACUGUUCCAACAUGAAUACCUCUCUCUAAACCAGAGGCUUCAUAACGUAUCAAGAGCAAAGUCAUUGAGGAGCUUCGUAGCUUCUUUUGAUAACUUUUGACAUAUGGCUUGUCAACAUGUAUUUCUUUGUCUAAAUUUGUUGGUAAUUUUAAAGUAAGUUAGAGUAA